GUGCUGGAGCAGCUCCCUCCUGGGGCACUGGGCACUGCGCUGGUAGCCAAACUGAAAACAGACAAGGGUGCCCAGAAGAAAUACCUAAUAAAACAGGUUGAAUGCAUUGAACAAAACCAAGCAGAUGAAGCCUUGAAGGAGGCAAUGGAUUUGCUAAAACUUUGUCAUUCAAACAUCUGUGCUUACAAGGAAUUUUUUGUGACUUGGGAUAAUGAGAUAUCAUCUCUGUUCCUCUGUCUGGUAAUGCAUCAUUCAGGCCAAGGAGAUCUUUCAGCUCUAAUCAAGGAGAAAAGGCAGAAGUCAGAAAAGAUCACAGACAUGGUGGUUCAGAAGUUCCUGGGACAGAUGGUGGAUGCUUUGUUUUAUAUACACAGCCUAAAUAUUUUCCACAGAAAUCUCAAGCCAUCAAACAUUCUUGUGACUGGGGAAGCAUCCUUCAUGCUUAGUGACUUCAGUACAGGAACACUCAUGGCAGAUGAGAUGAAAUGGAAAAUAAGAGUGGAAGAAAGCAGCAAGUCUUGGAUGGCUCCAGAAGCACUUGGAUUUUCCUUUACUGACAAGUCUGACAUUUGGUCCCUGGGCUGUGUUCUGCUGGAGAUGAUGAGCUGCUUGGUUCUCAGUGCAGAAGAGAUAACUUUGUUACUGCAGAACAUCAGAAGGGACAGCACUCCCCUUGAGGGAGUCCUGACACUGCUGGGAGAUGGAGAGAGCAACUCUCUGCCUUUGAUUCCAGUUCUGUUCAUGAUGCUACAGAUUCAGCCCAGCAUGAGACCCACAGCAAAGGAUCUGGCUGAUGUUCCAUUCAUUAGGGAAUGCCUGACUUUUGUUGGUGCCUCUUCAGUAAACCUGAAGAAGUCUUUGCCUCCCCAAAUAACAGAUGAUCUCCUUGAGGGAGGAAUUGAGCAAGUUCUAGAUUUCAUGCAGGCUGCCUGGGAUGUUGAACAAGUGCAAGCUAAAGCCAUUCAGCACCUUGCCAGCUUUGUGAGGGACAAAAGUGCCUUCCCCUACCUGCGAAAAUUCACAGAAGUGAUCACUUUUGCCAUGAAGACUCACAUAGAUUCUCUCACGUUGCAAGUAGAUGGCUGCACUUUAUUGCUUGAAAUUCUUAGUCAAGCUCUGGAACAGGACGUGGUGAUGGCCCUGGAUGAGAGUGUGACCAGCUGCCUGUUAGACACAGUGAGAAAACACUCUGAAAAGGAAGAGCUGCUUUCAUUGCUCUGCACACUAUUGAUGAUGAUUUCAGCUAGUGAGGUAGCUGCAGAGAAUCUAAAGAAAGUUGGAAUAAUUCCAGAGCUUCUGUCAAUUCUAAGAAGUUUUCUUCAUAAUGACAAGAUCUGCCUCUCUUGCUGUGGAGUUCUCUGGAGCUUGGCUGUGAGUGGUGACUCAGAGAAUAAUGCAGACCAAGCACUGCUGGGAAGUGCUGUCCCUGUCACCUCUGCAGUCCUUCAGGAACACCUCCAGAACGGAGCAGUUACAGAGUCUGCCUGCUCAGCUCUGUGGGCACUGUCACUCCAAGGUUGUUUCACUGACACUGACUAUGAGCCCACAACAACACUCCUGCUGGAUGCACUCAGGAUGAACCCAGAAAGGGCAGUGCUGGUGAAGAAUGGCUGCCUGGCCUUAGCCAGUCUUCUGAGGCUGUCUGAACUAGCAGCUUUGGCAUUCAUAGUGGAUGCAAAGGGCAGUGGAAUAACCCUGAUCAAAGCUGCUUACCACAUUCACUUUGAUGAUGCAGGAGUGGUGGAAGCUCUGUGUCUGCUGAUGAAUGAGAUGGCUCAGUAUGAUGAGGUUGUGCUGGAUAUGCUGUCCCAGAAAAUGGAAGAACUGCUGUCUGAAAUAAAGCUCCAGUUUUCAUCUAACAAGGAGAUAAUAACCCUUGUGGAUGCAACACUUCUGAAACUGCAGAAGUAA